ACGAAAUGUUACGUUAAAAGUUUGUUAUGUGCGGGCCUGCUUAGUUAUUAUCAAAUUGUGCGCAAAAACAUUGAAUGUUUUUCGCUGGAAAGUGACUGAAACCGCACCGCCACCCGCGAUCUCCGGCGUGCCCCGAAGAGGAGCGUUAAUUGACAUGAAAUUGCUGACCAAUUCCCGGCUUCUGCGGCCGCUGCUGCUGCUGCGCCGCCAAAGGUCGCAUGACGCAAAGGCGGCGGAGGCGCCGAAACCACCACGACCGGUUCCAACCAGUGCCCAACUGGACGAGCUGGAGCGGAAUGUGGUUAGGCGGCACCACAAGAACAACGUGCCGCUGAUUCGCUCCCUCAUCCAGGCGGCGGAGGCUGGAGAUCAGGACAAGCUGAGACAGCUGGAUGCUGAACUGGAGCAACUGCCCAAUGCAACGCAUCCUCGCCUGCAGGACUACGGCGAGGAGUCGCGGGAACUGGCGCAGUAUGUGCACCGGGAGCUGCCACCCCAGGCCAGUCUCAAGGAGUUCUCGGAACUGGCCCGUGCCCUUAAUCUCUAUCGCAUGGACCACCUGGGCAACUACACGGGGCACAAGAGCUACUAUCUGACGGGCCAACUGGCCACCUUGGAGCAGGCCAUCAUACAGUAUGCCCUGCAGGCAGUCACUGACCACGGCUUCAAACUGAUCUCCGUGCCCGACAUCCUGCCCAGGGAGGUCAUCGAGUCCUGUGGCAUGCGAACCGAGGGCGAACGCACCCAGGUCUACAAACUGGACAACGGCGAGUGCCUGUCGGGCACCUCGGAAAUGGCACUGGCCGGAUUCUUUGCGAAUAAGCUACUGACGGAGGAUCAGCUGCCUCUCAAGGUAACAGCCGUAAGUCGCUGCUAUCGAGCGGAAACCUCUGGGCUGCAGGAGGAGAAGGGCAUUUAUCGGGUGCACCAGUUCACCAAGGUGGAGAUGUUCGCCAUUUGCACGGAGCAACAGUCGGAGGCCGAGCUGGAGGAGUUCAAGAACAUUGAGGUGGAUCUUUUCCGACGACUGGGCCUUAACUUCCGACUCCUGGACAUGCCACCGUGCGAACUGGGUGCUCCUGCGUACCAGAAGUACGACAUCGAGGCCUGGAUGCCCGGUCGCCAGAUGUGGGGCGAGAUCUCCAGCUGCAGCAACUGUACGGACUACCAGGCCAGACGGCUGGGCAUCAGAUACCGUCGCUCCAGUGGCGGGCAGAUCUUAAACGCCCACACUAUCAACGGAACGGCGACGGCCAUUCCGCGUCUUCUGAUUGCCCUGCUGGAAUCUAAUCAGCGCGGAGAUGCCGUCGAGAUACCCGCCGUGCUGAGACCCUUCAUGGACGGCCAGGAGCUGAUCACGCGGAACAAACGGAUUCCGGAGACGAAGCUGGUCAAGUUCAUCAAGGCCUAGGCUAACCACAUUCUGUACCUUUGACUGUUAUCAUUAAAGCGCUGAGCCAUCGUUAUCAACGCGAGCUGGGGAAUAUUUUGAAGCACUCCCCUUAGCUGAUAUCUGACAGAUCAGGGUAUCACAACCUGCGCCUAAUCACGCUCGUUAAUCAUCGCGAUUGGCUAUUGAAUUACAAA